UCAGAGCAGUCAGCACAAUCAGAAUUUAAUCCAAUUCGGGCUUCCAAGCAGAACGAAGUUGAGACCCAAGGUCUACAGUCGAUACAGAGUACAGAAUCCCUAUAUAUAUAUGCAGCAUCCGAGUGACCAACCUACCUAUAUGCCAGAGGUGCCCUUUCAGCCACUGUGGGGUCAGGAGGCGCCACCGCCGCCGCCGCCCAUAGUUCCCUAUCAAGAUCUCAUUGCAGGCUUCCCCUGCUCCGAUUUAUCACUCUGGCAAAGAUCUCAGGUGACUCCACUCGUCAAUCAGCGUCCAACAACCAAUGGCCGCUCGCACGGUUCCACCUCCUCCAGUUCGAAGAAAACACGACGCCGCGUAGCUUCCAUGGCCCAGAGGCGGGCUGCGAAUAUUCGUGAACGCCGUCGCAUGUUCAACCUAAACGAAGCCUUUGACAAGUUGCGACGGAAAGUGCCCACAUUUGCCUACGAGAAACGGCUGUCACGCAUUGAAACCCUGCGGCUGGCCAUCACCUACAUUGGCUUCAUGGCGGAGUUGUUGAGCGGCACACCCUCUAAUAGCCACAAAACCCGCUCGGACAUGUACGGGGGUAUGAAUGGACAUCAUCAUUCAGGGAGUGUGCCACCAGGUCCUCCAAUGCAUCCACAUCAUUUGCAUCCGGCGGCCUAUCAGCGUGACUUUGCCUCGCCUUACAAUCACAGCUUGACGUAGGAUGAAAUCUAAAGACGAGUAUAACAAUAUUAUAUAAAGUUCUCUGUUACCAUGCCAUGUGUAUAGACUUAAGUUAAUAUAUAUAAAUGUGAUAGAUGUGCAAAUUUUGGAUUGUGUUUGUGAUUAAGUUCAUU